AUGCAGGGAGUGCGCUUCCGCCUUGCCGCUCCCCCCUCCCCCCGGAGACCCGGCAUCGCCCUGGGGAGCCUUCCCUCUUCAGCUGCCUCCGUGUGCCCAGACUCCGAGUCUUUUAAAAAGUACAUCAGUGAAACCAUGACAGAUUCUGUAGACAUUGACUUUCUCCCAAACUGGAGCAUGGAGGAAGAAGAGGCUGAGGAAGUAACCUUUGAACUCCUGACAGUCAAGCCCCAGGAUGUGGCUGUGAACUUCACCCAGGAAGAGUGGAGAAGUCUGGACCCUUCCCAGAGGGCCCUGUACAGGGAAGUGAUGCUGGAGACCUUUGAGAACCUCAUCUCUCUGGGGAAAAGGCUCUUGCUGUCUCAGGGCCCAUGUGUCCUUUCUUCUCAGCAGCGAGGGGGCCAAAACCCUUUAAAUGUAAUUGAAUGUGGCAAAACCUUUCAGUGGAAGUGUAAGCUUAAUGAGCAUCAGAGAAUCCAUAGUGGAGAGAAACCCUUUGGAUGUAAUGAAUGUGGAAAAAGCUUCCGUCUGAGAUCAUCACUUAUUUUACAUCAGAGCAUUCAUACUGGAGAGCAACCCUUCGCAUGCAGUGAAUGUGGGAAAGCUAUCCACAAUAAAUUCCAGCUUACAGUACAUCAGAGACUUCAUACUGGACAGAAAACUUUUGAGUGUAAUGAAUGUGGAAAAAUCUUUUACAAUAAAUAUCACUAUACUCAACACCAGAGAAUUCAUACUGGUGAGAAAUCCUUUGAAUGUAUUGACUGUGGGAAAAAAUUCAGCCUAAGGUCAUCACUCAUUAAACAUCAGAGAAUUCAUACUGGAGAGAAACCUUUUGGAUGUAUUGAGUUUGGGAAGAACUUUAGUGAGAAAUCUUCACUUAUUAGACAUCAGAGAAUUCAUACUGGUGAGAAACCUUUUGAGUGUCAUGAAUGUGGGAAGAAGUUUAGGUGGAGGCCAUCACUUAUUUCACAUCAGAGAAUUCAUACUGGAGAGAAACCCUUUGAAUAUAAGGAGUGUGGGAAAAACUUGAGCCAAAAGACAUCACUUAAUCUUCAAAGAAUUCAUAGUGCAGAGAAGCACAUUAAAUGUAAUAACUCUGGGAAAGAUUUCACUCAAAAGGAACAUCAGAAAACUUACCUUGGAGAAAAACCCUUUAAGUGUAAUGAAUGUGGAGAAAACUUCAGCCUGAAGUUGUCACUCAUAGUCCAUCAGGGAAUUCAUACUGGAAAGAAACCCUUUGAAUGUAAUGAGUGUAGGAAAGUCUUCAUAGGGAAGAGUCAAUUGAACAAACACAAGAGAAUUCACACAGGAAAGAAAUCCUUCAAGUGUAACGAAUGCCAGAAGUCCUUCCAUGAUAAUGCUCAUCUUACUGUACACCAGAGAAUUCAUACUGGAGAGAAGCCCUUUCAUUGUAAUGAAUGUGGAAAAAACUUUAGUGAGAAGUCAUCACUUGUAAAACAUCAGAGAAUUCAUACUGGAGAGAAACCCUUUGAGUGCACUGAAUGUGAGAAAGCCUUCCAUUUCAAAUCUCACUUUACUGUACAUCAGAGAAUUCAUACUGGAGAGAAACCCUAUGUGUGUAAAGAAUGUGGGAGAAACUUCAGCCACAAGUCAACACUAAUUUCUCAUCAAGAUAUUCAUAAUGGAGAUAAACCCUUUGAAUGUAAUGAAUGUGGGAAAGCCUUCUACAGCAAAUCUCACCUUGCUGAACACCAGAGAAUUCACACUGGAGCAAAACCCUUUGAGUGUAAGGAGUGUGGGAAAAGUUUUCGUCAGAGAGCUUCAUUUAUUUCACACCAGAGGGUUCACACUGGAGAGAAACCCUUUGAGUGCAAAGAAUGUGGGAAAAACUUUAACAGAAGGUCAUCACUUAUUUCACAUCAGAGAAUUCAUACUGGAGAGAAACCCUUUGAAUGUCAUGAAUGUGGGAAAAACUUUAGUCGUAAAGAAACACUUAUUUCACAUCAAAGAAUUCAUACUGGAGAGAAACCAUUUGAAUGUCAUAAAUGUGGGAAGAACUUUAGCCAGAGGUCAUCAUUUAUUGCACAUCAACGAAUUCAUACUAGUUAAAACAAACAAACAAAACUUUGAAAUGACAUUUGGAAAGCCUUCACCUAAAAGAAAAAUUUUCUUCAAUAUCAGAGAAUUCUCUUAGGGGAAAAAAAACCAUUUUAAUAUAGAGAAUAUGGGGAAGCAGAAAUUUCAUCCAGAUAACAUCACUUAGCUUACAUCAGGCAAUUCAUAUUGGAAGAAAUACUGUGCAUGUAGUAACUGUGAGAAAGCCUUCUCCUAAAGGACCAAAUUCCUACUUAUAUUUUUAAAAUUCAUAUUAGAAAUCUAUUGAUUCUUAUUUUACAUUGAGCAUGUUAAAAAGAAAUUUUAAGCAUAAAUCACCACUAAAUGGGCAUGAAAGAAUUCAUAUAGGGGAGAAUUUCUAUUAAUGUGAUUAAGGUAGGAAAGCUUUCUGAUUGAGAACAAACUUAGUAAACGUAAGAAAUUUCCUUCUUUAGCCUAAGUCUCUCACUAUAAGAUGAGAAAGCCUUCAGAUCAUCUUUAUUCUUCAUAUUCUCAGAAUUCUUGGAUUUGAGAUAAAAUACACAAAAGCAAUGAAUGUGUCAAGUCCUUCAUUAGUGAGGAUUUUCUAUCGCUGAUAUUGCACACUACAGAGUACAUAAUCAUGGAAAUUCUAUAAAUCUUAUUAAAGUCUAUAAAUGCAAUUAAAGUAAGAAAGUCUUUAACCACACCCUUGGGACAGAUUGCAGAAUUAACACAAAAGAAAAAAGAUUAUGAUUGCAAAUGGUCAUGGGAAUAUUGGAAAUUUAUUAUUAGAUGUUAGUGAUUUCAUGAUGAAUGGCAGUGAUGACAUGAUAAUAUUAAAACAGUAGAACAAUCAGCCAUUUGUUGGAAGGUCAAGAUGACCGAGUUUGUUGCCAGAUGCAAGAUUUUGUGGUAUUUGAAGAGAAAAAAAUGAUUCGUCUUCCAUGGCUUCCUCACUGAUCCCCUUGCCAUCAGGGGGCAAGAGAUUGCAGUCCAGUGAGUCAAGUUUGGUUGAUGCAGGAUGUUAAAUAAUAAUUAAACUACUCUUUAAAACUUAUAUUUAAAAUAUCUAAAACUCUAAUAACCAAUAAAUGACAUAUUGCUAGAGGCCCUAAAUCAUAUCAAUGUUCACAUGAUUGCUACUCAAAGCCAAAGAAAAAAGUAGGUUGCAGCUGAAUGAAAUGAUGACUUGUGAUGACCGCAUUAGCACCCUGGAUACUUUAGAAUCAGCUGGAGUCAGGAUCAGCAAAAGUCUUUGAUCUUUAUUCUUUUUGGACAUGAAUGGAAUAGCGAUAAGACGUGAGAGAGAUCUCCACGUGAAUCCGUCCAGGAGUCAUUCUGGCUUUCUCACUCCAUCCCCUAAAUCCUGCCUCAAUCUCUCUAUAUGCCAACAGAUCAAAACCUGCCAGAGUAGUGGGCAGGGCCAUUCUUUCUCCAAGCAUAUCAAGCAUAUGCUGAUAGAGUAUUGACCAAUUGGUAAUUAGCCUUAAGUGCUCCGACCUCAGUGCAUCUGCUCAGUUUCAGCCCAUUACAAUGACUUACAUGUGUUCCAUGGAGGCAAAGCAAGGAGUUGGCAAAAUGAGUUUUACCAUAUUCCCCCAAAGUUACAAGAAACAUUAUUUCAUGGGACUUUUGUAUGUGUUACUAAUAAAAUAUAUUUCCUAUGUAAACCAGCAUUAUUAACAGUUGCUGUGAAUGAAGUGGUAGACAAAUUUGAUUAAGACCCUACAAAUAAAAUUGAUACUUAGUGACUUGGAUGAAAAUUUAGGGAAAAGUUUGGAUGAGGAGAACUAUAUGGAUAAGUAUGUCUCAGGGGAAAAAAUGUGACUGAUUCUGCAGAUUAUACAGAAGCUUCACAUAAGUAUGAACCUUUUCUUUAAAAAAAGAAUUAGUAGAAUUAGACCUGGAGAGAACUAAACAACAUCAUAAAAAUUAAAAUAAGACCAUAUUUUAGCAGACAGGAAAAGAUAUAUUAUUGAUGUAAGAGUUUUCAAACCAUCUGUUCAUGAAUGUAAAGAUUGCACUUUAUAAUCAACCAGAAUAAUGAUGAGAAAAUAUAUAAUGUAAUAUUUUAAAUUGUACUUUAUAAACAACCAGAACAGUAAUAAUGAGAAAAUAUGUAAUG